CUCUUCAGCUGGCCGAUGUGGGACAAAUGGAAAACUCGCAUUCUCUCUAACCUACCCCCCCGGGGCGGCACGCGGAAGUUACGUGCUUCUUGGCCCCCAAUCAGUCCACGAACUUCUCCGUAGCUCACUGUCGGAUUGAUUCGCCUUUUCUUCCUCCUCCUCCCUCGAGCUGCCGUCUGCCGUCAAUGCACUGCUUAGCAACGGUAUUUCUCCAUCAGUCUUCUCGAGCAUUUCGGGGCUGUGUCGUGUCUUACUGAGAUGAACUGGAGCUCGUACUCGAAGCAUCGUCUGCUACUUGUCAUGUAUACAGCGGAACUGCUUGCGUGAUGGGCAGGCCUGUCUGGCUCUAAUCAAUUCAUGCCGUCUGCAAAGUUUUGAUUUUUCUGAUGCUAUUUGCCGGUUUGCGUGGAGGAACGAUAGUGUGAAAGAUGCAAUAGGAAUUCCCUUUUGCGUAGAUAAUCACGAGAGGCGGAGGGGUGCUACUGCUGCUUGUGCUAUCCUUUGAGAUGCUGACGAUUCACAGUCACUGAUCACCUGGAAGGUUCACCAGUUCCAACUCUGUGUGUUUCAUCAUCAUCUUGGAAACAUCUCUAAGGCACAGUUCCAAUUUCAGGAGAGGAGCCUGAAGGAUGAAGCUCACACCAAGGGAGAUUGACAAAUUGGGCUUGCACAACGCUGGGUUCCUUGCACAGAAGCGGCUCGCCCGGGGCCUCAGGCUGAACUACACUGAAGCUGUAGCAUUAAUUGCUGCCCAGAUAUUGGAAUUUGUUCGUGAUGGUGAGAAAACUGUGGCGGAGCUGAUGGAUAUAGGGAAACAACUUCUAGGAAGGAGACAGGUUCUUCCAGCUGUUCCACAUCUUUUGCAUACAGUACAGAUAGAAGGGACAUUUCGUGACGGUACUAAGUUGAUUACCGUUCAUGAUCCGAUUGCCAUGGAAGAUGGAAAUCUUGAGUUUGCUUUACAUGGUUCUUUUCUUCCUGUUCCCUCAGUAGACAAAUUUCCUCCAAUAGAGGACAAUAAAAUACCGGGUGAAAUCAUCUUUGGCAGUGGAAAUAUUGCAAUUAACCAAGGACGAAAGGCAAUAAUUCUCAAAGUCACAAACACAGGGGACAGGCCAAUUCAGGUGGGCAGCCACUAUCAAUUCAUUGAGGUGAACCCCUUCUUGGUUUUUGAUAGGAGAAAGGCGUAUGGUAUGCGCUUGAAUAUUCCAGCCGGAACAGCUACAAGAUUCGAGCCGGGAGAAACUAAAAGUGUCAUACUUGUAAGCAUUGGUGGCAAAAGGGUGAUCAGAGGAGGACAUGGCAUCGUUGAUGGUCCUGUUCAUGUUUCUAAAUGCCCGGGAAUAAUGGAUACUUUAACUCAUAGAGGAAUCAGGAGUCCAGAAGAAGCGAGUGCAAGUGAAGGUUUCACUGAAGUAUCCUCUACUUUCACCAAAUUUAUAUCUCGUGAGGCAUAUGCUAACAUGUAUGGCCCGACUACUGGUGACAAAGUAUUACUUAGUGAUACGAAUUUAUAUGCCGAAAUUGAAAAGGAUUGUGCUGCUUAUGGGGAUGAAUGUGUGUUUGGAGGUGGAAAAGUUAUAAGAGAUGGAAUGGGACAACACCAGUGUUGUGGGCACCAAGCAGCUGAUGCUCUUGAUACGGUCAUAACCAAUGCUGUAAUCAUCGACUACACUGGAAUAUUCAAGUCAGACAUUGGAAUUAAAGGCGGUCGUAUUACUGCCCUUGGGAAGGCAGGAAACCCAGAUAUCAUGGAUGGCAUCUCUCCUAAUAUGACUGUUGGGGCUAACACCGAGGUUAUUGCUGGAGAAGGGAUGAUUGUAACUGCAGGAGGGAUAGACUGUCACGUACAUUUCAUAUGCCCUCAACUGGCAUAUGAGGCAAUUUCAAGUGGCAUCACAACGCUAAUUGGAGGUGGAACUGGACCGGCUGAUGGGACUCGUGCAACAACCUGUACACCUGCACCAUCACAAAUGAAAUUGAUGUUGCAAUCAACAGAUGACUUGCCCCUGAAUUUUGGUUUCACAGGCAAGGGUAAUACUUCCAAACACGAGGAACUGGAUGAAAUAAUCAGGGCUGGGGCAAUGGGACUGAAGCUCCAUGAGGACUGGGGAACUACUCCAGCAGCCAUAGACAAUUGUUUGACUGUUGCAGAUAGGUAUGAUAUACAGGUUAAUAUCCACACUGACACAUUGAAUGAAUCUGGAUUUGUGGAACAUACCAUUGCCGCAUUUAAAGGAAGAACUAUCCAUACUUAUCAUAGUGAAGGUGCAGGAGGGGGUCAUGCCCCGGAUAUCAUCAAAGUAUGCGGUGUUAAGAAUGUCCUGCCCUCAUCUACGAAUCCCACAAGGCCAUAUACUUCCAACACGAUUGAUGAGCACCUUGAUAUGCUGAUGGUUUGCCAUCAUCUUGAUAAGGACAUUCCUGAAGAUGUAGCUUUUGCUGAAUCAAGAAUAAGGGCUGAAACAAUUGCUGCUGAAGACAUUUUGCAUGAUAUGGGAGCAAUCAGCAUAAUAUCCUCGGACUCACAGGCUAUGGGUCGUAUUGGAGAGGUCAUUAGCCGCACUUGGCAAACUGCUCAUAAGAUGAAAUCGCAGAGGGGAUCAAUUGAGCCAAGUGGAUCAGAAAACGAUAACCUGCGCAUCAAACGAUACAUUGCCAAGUACACGAUAAAUCCAGCAAUAGCUAAUGGCAUCUCUCAUUUGGUUGGUUCUGUUGAGGCGGGGAAGUUGGCGGAUUUGGUUUUAUGGAAGCCUUCUUUCUUUGGGGCGAAACCGGAAAUGGUGAUCAAAGGUGGCACCAUCGCAUGGGCAAAUAUGGGUGACCCAAAUGCAAGCAUCCCCACGCCCGAACCGGUGUUAAUGAGGCCCAUGUUUGGAGCCUUUGGCAAGGCUGGAAGUGCCAACUCAAUUGCUUUCGUGAGCAAGGCAGCUGCCCGUGCUGAUGUGAAAGCCCAGUAUAGAUUGAAUAAGUGUGUGGAAGCUGUACAGAAUGUUCGAGGGCUCACGAAACUGGACAUGAAGCUGAACGAUGCGCUACCGAGCAUCACAGUUGACCCCGAGACCUACAUGGUCACUGCAGAUGGAGAGGUUCUGAGCUGUGGCCCGGCAGACUCAGUUCCCCUGUCCAGAAAUUAUUUUCUCUUCUAGCUUGCCUCGCCUUAUAAUAAUCUCAUGACAGCUCCUGCACUGCCGUUCCAAGCCUGAGCGAACAUUGCAUGCCGUGUGUAUUUUUCAUUAUCAUACGUUAGCUUAUGGUUACAUCAUUAUCUCCUGGUGGGCCUGGAAGGCAAGGCAAUUUAACCCCCC